GUUAUGUCGAAAAUUUUUCUUUCAGUUGUGUAAUGUCAAAAAGUUGGAUAGCGCUGCGGCGUUCUAAUUUUGUACUAUCAAAUAAUUGCCUUCAAUGUCACAGUUUAAUGCGAACUUCGCCUGUUUCAAGCAGUCAUCAGAAUAAAAAUGUUACCCCGCAGUUUCAACAAUCGUCUUCGCAAUCUCAAGUUGCUACUCAUUCCUUGCUACAGUCUAUAAUCGGAACAGGUGACCCAUUAGUUGUAAAGAGAUGGGAGAACUUCAGACCUAGCUUACCCCAGCCCAAAACUGCCUGGAUUGACCAACUGACGAAUGUUGAAUGGGGUUAUCCAGUCGGUUUGGUGACACUACAUCCAGAUGUCUGGUACACACACCCAAGACUAGAUCUUCUUAGAGAAGUGGUUGAUUGGCAGGAUAAGUACAAAAAAGUGGAGUGGGAUUUUGUUCCAAAUCGGGGAGAGUUGGUUGGUGGCGGACCUAAACCAUGGCCUCAAAAGGGUACGGGCAAAGCACGACAAAGUAGUGUCAAUGCACCGCAUUGGAGAGGAGGAGCUGGUCCCUUUGGACCGCGAGGUCCCCACUCUUUUUACGUACCAAUGGCACCUGAGAAGCGAGCACAUGCGUUACGCAUUGCGUUAACAUGCAAAUAUUUACAAGAUGACGUCAAAUUUGUUACUGAUUAUUCCGAUGUGUUUCCUACUGGUGACGAGUUUUUGUCCGAAGUACGAGAAUCUAGAGGUUGGGGCUUCAUGGCACUUUUUAUUGGUUUGAAAGAAGUUGAAGAUUUGCCAGAACACUUUCGAAGUUGUGUUGUCGGACAAAAAGAUAUUCACUACUUGCCUCUGGGAAUGAUAAGCGUUAAAACUUUGAUGAAGUUUCCUACAAUUGUAAUGGAUAUGGCUACUUUAGAUGAACUGGAAGCGAAACUUCUGUUCCAGAUUCAUAAAUUUUCAGAAGCUUCAAAAUACCCGGGAACUGAAGAAGUCAUGAACUUCAUGAAAAAAUUGUCUUGUAUUGAAUCUUAAAUUACUGCAAGCUUUGUCUGCUUUUAUGAAUCAUGUUUUUGUUUAAAUAUGAAAUUAAUUUUUUUCUUUCA